AACGCGAUGCUGUGGCUGGUCAUCAUCUGUCUGCUGCUGCAGGGCUUCGCUAUUGGUGGACAGCUAGUACCAGGGAUGCUGGACAUGCUGAAUUCUGCCAGGUGGCAUGGCUACCCGGACGAUUUUGAGACGUACGGCCUCAUUGCUGGACUCUUCCACUCAUGCGUUGCUCUUGGUGCGUUCGCUGGGCCUUCUCUUGGAGGGUUCCUCUAUGAGGCGGUUGGCUUUCCCUGGUCAUCAACUAUAAUAGCCGCCUUCCAACUAUUCACUCUCAUCUGCACACUGCUCUACAUCCUCACGCACAUCCGCGUUGAGGUCAUGAACGAAGUGCCGGAGCACGCCUUCACUGCCGUCGUCGACACCGACGACGACGAAACGCGCGCGCUGCUGAAAGGCAAGGACGGUAAGCUGUACGCGGGGCAGUGCGAGCUGACGCGCUCGGGGGAGGUGAUCUUCUACGGAUCGCAGCAGGAGGAGAAGGGCGGCAAGGGAGAAGCCGACACGGAGAUCGGGAGGGGCGGCGCGGAGGAGGCGGAAAGCGACGUCGACGCGAAGAUGACAUAGAGGGCGCCGCGUGCGGGGCGUGUAGCUACCAGGGGGCGCCAGCCGGCGUGGUAGGGGGCGGAGUUAACCGUGAUUGGUUACUGGGUUCGUACGCUCGUCUGCUGCACUCGUCUGCUUUGGGAAGACGCGGGAAGCGUGCAGCAGAGCGGUGAAUCUUACCAGUGCAGCACAACGAUUGUGAUGCAGCUUGUCUCCCUCAGGAGUUCUGGCGUGCGUUAGGGCGAAACCUGGCCUAGUGGUGGUGCCGAGCAUUUCAAUGCUAAUGAAUUAAGGCUCAAUAAUUAAGAUGAUUAGCUAAUGGCAGGAGGGGGCUACCCCGCGUGGUCUUUCCCGCCAGGUGGCGCACGCUGUCACGUCCUGACGAUCGUACCCGAUGCUGUGUGACACGAUACACAGAUAAUCGCAAUGCAACUACGAUGCGUAUUGCGUUUGAGUAAAGUUUUGGUGCUAUGUGCGUGUCCACAUUGGUGUCGAAUGUGGCGCAUCUCAUUCGCAUGGGUGUGUGUGCUAUGAUAUCGUGUAAAACGUGGUACAGUCUCAUGUAAGUUAUAGUGAUGGUGCCGUGUCAUGGAAUAUAGGCAUGGUGCUGUGUCAUGGAAUAUAGGCAUGAUGCUGUAUCAUAGAACCUAGGCAUGGUGCUUUGUCAUGGAAUAUAGGCAUGGUGCUUUGUCAUGGAAUAUAGGCAUGGUGCUUUGUCAUGGAAUAUAGGCAUGGUGCUUUGUCAUGGAAUAUAGGCAUGAUGCUGCAUCAUGGAAUAUAGGCAUGAUGCAGUGUAAUGGAAUCUAGGCAUGAUGCUGUGUCAUGGAACCUAGGCAUGGUGCUGUGUUAUGGAGCUCUGUAAUGAUGCUUGCGAUAAUGAUGAGUCAUGCGUUACUGUAAAACGGUGCUGUAUCAUGUAAAUUUGUGACAUGACAUGCCUCAUCAUGUCACUGAAGGCUCAAUGUUGUAUCGCACGAUUAGAGCAUGAAGCAGUGACACGCAACUAACGUUGUACGCUGCAUUUCGGGUCACCAAUGCAUUUAUUGUCUUCUACAAACGUGCGUGAUUACGUGAUGACGCAUCGUCUGUCAUUUACGGGAAAUAAUGUGUGAAACAUGUGUUAAAACCGCACAUUCCUGCCGACAGAGGGUAGCACCGUGAAACUCGUUAGACCCUCUAAUGUUCCUACCAUAAGUAUUUGAUUGCGGUCAUUGUUUCUCUCGAGUUAUUUUUUUUUAGAUGUUUACUGUCCGUAAACGGUAGUAUGUUGUUAUUGCUAGAGAGAGUUUUUUUUUAUUUGUUGCUACGUUGACCGCGAUUUGCGCGGAUGAGAGCGUUCGGUUUCCGUGUAUGCGCCAUGAACUGUAGAAGGGUCCCGCUUGUAGGAGUCACUCGAGAUCUCCAUCUCUUCACACCUUCCCGCUUCUCCCCCCCCAGCCCCUCCCCCCACUUAGUUUCGAGUUUUCCGGACCUUCCAGCAUCCGCCACGUCAGCAUCUUCUUUGCCAAUGCUACACGCUCUACCUACAAUCCUUCUCCUUCCACCUCCUCCCGCUACCCCUCUUCUUUACCAAUGCUACACGCUCUACCUACAAUCCUUCUCCUUCCACCUCCUCCCGCUACCCCUCUUCUUUACCAAUGCUACGCGCUCUACCUACAAUCCUUCUCCUUCCACCUCCUCCCGCUACCCCUCUUCUUUACCAAUGCUACACGCUCUACCUACAAUCCUUCUCCUUCCACCUCCUCCCGCUACCCCUCUUCUUUACCAAUGCUACACGCUCUACCUACAAUCCUUCUCCUUCCACCUCCUCCUCUCCUCCCACUGUAUCCAUAUCGUGGGUGGCAAGUGGUGAUGUGAAUUAUCAUAAACCAUAGUGUUCCUUACGGCACUCGUCAUUUAUUCAUUUGUGAGGCACAAUACUGCCGCGGUAGAAGGAGGGGAGAGCGUAACCCAGCAUCCCCCGCACCCCUCCCUCCCCUCCUCAUGCUAUGCGGUGUUUAACUCCAGCCCUAGUUACAUCAGGCGAUGAUGCGAAGUUCUCUUGUUUCGGCGGGAGAAGCAUUAGCGUCAUCCUUCCCUGGUGGCCGCUCUCUUCACUACGCUUUUCCGAAUUAAUCCUAUUGAACCCACUACUGAUGAAUCCUAUUAACGAAGUGAUGAGAUAGCGCACCAGUUAACCGCACCCAACCCCAUUCUUGUUGCGACCAUAGAAAUAAUGUACUGGUUAGACCAGUGUCUCUAUAUAUUUCUAUGGCUGCGACCAACGACGCAUAGAGGGCGUUGCUGCUGCAUCUUCUCCCCACAGACUCGCUUUGUGUAAAAUAUAAGGGGAUUUUUCUAUGUAAAGGGAUGCUCCUCUCCCUGAGCCUGCUGCCACGGCGCCUGAUGGUCGGGCGCGUAAAGAGGACGUAGAAAUUAGCGUGUGUGUAGAGGGAACCCAGCGCUUGUAUGCACACGCUGCCACGAGAGAUGGAAGUGUGCACCGGUGGCGGUGGGAGUUUAUAUGUAUAUAUAUGUGUGUGUGUCUGUAUGUGUAUGUGUAUAUGUAUUGAUGACUCAUAAAAAUGGCUGGUUGUCGUUUCGCACACGAAAAA